CAGACUGUAAAGGAAAUAAGAGGCCUACAAACUGUGAAAGUGUAUCAUCUCGCGAGGAAUUAUGGAGCAAUCGGCAUGACCAAAAAUAGCGAUGAAAGGCGCUUUGCAGUUAUACAAACUGCAACUGUUAGCAACAACUCGAGGCAUGGAUCAAAUCACCUUGUGGUGGUUUAGAAACUCCCCGACAGGUGAUACACCCCACCCACUUGAACAUGGUGCUGGAUUACUGUCGCAUAGUGCGUUGUGCCCUUCAACAUGUAGCAAGAUUCAGGUGGAAUGUACUUAUCUGGGAGAAGAGGCAUGGAAUAUUUUCCCAACUUAAUGCUGAGAGCUCUCCCCUCCGCAGCAGAGAAGGAGCAGCCCACCACAAGGACCAGGUCGGUUAGAAUCACUUCACUCAAACAGCAGCAGAUGAGGACAAAGAUGGGUGAUGGCGGCUCUCACUUGAUUACCCACUGGUACUUAAAGAAAGAAAUAUGAGGCUAGACUGAACUGAUGAACUUAAGUGGGACUAAAGGAGUCUCAUGAUCAAGUCACAAGACUGCAGCGAGCUUCACAUUUAACGUCAACAAACUGUACACAGCAUCGUUGAAAUCAUGAGAGCCGGCUGCCAACGUGGCUGUUAAUGCAUUUUCUCAAGUCCCAAUGGCAGGUAUCUUGACCUGAGAAGUUGAGACCUUCGCAAGAAGCAGCUUCUGUUCACGUAAGUACUGUCGUAAGUUACUAAACUCAUAAGGUGUUUAUUUCUACUGAAGUCAAGGAAUACCAGUGUGAUAACGCUGUGUUUAACCUAACGCUAUUACUUAACAUCUGUAAAAAAAAUAAUUACUCUCCCAUUUUUGAGAUACAAGUCUACUGCAGGUGAGGUGGAGGUGGGGCAGAGAUAAACAUUUUGACUUCGUAAAAGUUACUCCGGAUCGACACAGUGGUAGUCACAAGUAGCGAGGGGUAGUGGACAGCACUGUGGUAGCGGAUGGGUGAUCUCAUCACAACCACUGAUAAAUUGUUUAAUAAAGAUGCCGACUAUAAAUAAGUCACGGUGGCUAUUUUUUCAGGUCAGACAAUAGGUACAUUUGUAGCCAGGGGGAGUGUAAUGAUCUGUAGCAGCUCUCGUAUGGAGUGUCAUGAGUUGUAGCAUUGUCUCGUGUACGUGUGGUGUCCUGCGUCUUACGUCUUUGUGUACGUCAUUUGGAUGACAUCAUUUUCCAAUGAAAGUAAACGUCACAGAGAGGCAGUUGAAUAUGAAGCUGCAAACAGAAGACCGGUCGGUCGGAAAUCUGUGAAUAACGAAAGAACAUCAUUCUGGUUCUACCAUCUAAUGGACGUGUUGUGUUGUCGACUUCAUCGUGCGGCUUCUGAAACAUUUUACCUUCUUUGGACUGUCUAACAUCAGCCAUUUUGACCUCUGUCUAACAUCAACUGUCUUUGUUGCCCACCUCUGUGUGAAGAUCAAACGUCUCUAUUAUUUAAUCAAUCAUUUUAACUAUAGUUGAAGAUCAACAAUCUCCACUUUACUUUGCCUUUAUGUGCGGGGUCUCGUCAAAGUACAUGUCUUCGUAAGUAUGUUGGGGUUAGUGUGCGAAAGACUUAUUACAGCGUAUGUUUUUUUGUUUUUUUUCAGCAUGAUGCAUCGUCCUUUCACUUUACAUUUAACUGCGCAUAUGGUUUCGGAAAGGCACCUUCAGCUACUGGAGAAGCGUGUCAGACUGUUCUUUAUUGAAAAUGUCUCUCUUUGUGAUGUUCAGCUACAAAUGAGCAGCAGAAAUGCGAUGCGUGGUGAAGUGAUGCAAAUAAUUCACUCUGCGAUUACUCCCCAGGGGGAUGAGAUGUCUUUAUGCUAGCUUAACCUCAGUCUUGCACUGUUCCUCGUGGUUUAUCUAGGAUAUCCAGCUCGUGAAAGUAUUACUUUUUUAAGUUUAAUCAUCUCUCUCUCUCCCUUCUUCAUUUUCUGGAGCAUCUUAAAAAUAAAACCACCUCAUAACCAAAGUUGUUAUCGGGGUAGCUUUGGUCCUGAUGUCAAACCAGUCCACAACCAAUCACAUGUUUAUUUUAAAGUCGUGAGCUGUAAAUGUUAUUUACCGACUAUCACUUUUCACACGAAGAUGUCAGGUUGUUCAUGGUGCACUGCGCCGAGUUGUCAAAACUCAGCUUUUUGGUUGUUCUCUUCCGACAGACGAAGAGAUGUAAGUAAACAGCAUUUCCUUUCUUCAGUAAAUUUAAAAAGACACAGUUAUCGUUGGUUUUGCUACAAAUCCUGCUGUUUAGAGGUUUCACUAGUCUUGUGUUGUCAUUUCCAAAGAUGCAAGAUGUGGAUGCAAAACUGCCAGAGAAGCGAUCUGUUGGGCCAGGCAACUGUUUAACCUACCCUUAAUAACAACCCUGAGAGGAGUUACGCAAAAAUGUUAAUAUUUUCCCAGUGCUUAACAAUCAUGUUUUGCAAACCUUACAGCAAAGCGUGUCUGCUAUGCGUCCAGGAGGCGAGGUAUGUAGUGUCGUUUUAAUGAAAUGACGAUCAAAGAAGAACUAUCUUACAACAUGAAAGAGGACAAUAUGUUAAGGGGUUCCCCGACUUUGGUAGCCAGAGAUCGAGCUAUGCUGCAAAUCAGGCCUCAGUAUUCAUGGUUGUUGGACUUAUAGAGUACUCGAAACAAGCGGUCUGAUAAUUUUUAUCCACUAGCCCGAUUAUUGGCAACUUGCUGAAGUCAUUAUUGACACAGUUCCAGGGAAAAUAUAAGAUAUCGGAUUGAAAGUCAUCAAAUGUGACCAAGGUUCAAACACCCGCAAAGAAAUAGAAGGAUUGGGUGUGUCUGAAAACAGACCUUACUUAUUUGUCCAUAAUUCAAAAUUCUACCUUAACUACGAUUCAUCUCAUUAAAAAAAGUAUCUAUAAUGCCUUUGAGCAGAUUCAUGAAAUACUUAAAAGAUUUUUUUCAGUAUAGAUACCAAAAAAGUAUACAUCCCAAUGGCUCCACGACUCUCAGAAAAAUACCUACAUUUACCAGAAUUUUCAGCGCUUCGAGUAAAAUUGCCUCUCAGAUUGUGUCACAGUGUUGCAGCUGGGAGUGUUAUCAGAAGAGGCCUCUCAGAUUGCUUUGAACACAUGGAUCAGCGUUCAACAGCCUUACCAAGUGUAGCAGCCAAACGAUGCGUUAUGCCAUCUCGGAAACCACAAUAUAUUUUCAAGCCAAACAGAAGUGGUGGUUACAUCAAGGUUUACUUUUUACCUCCAUAAAUACUUGCGUCUUUAAAACCUUGAUACUCCACAGGGUGCGCACCAACUAUACAGCCAAACACUCACUAGAAGAGCAACGUAUGAACAGUUCAGUCCACACCGAAGCAGAUGACCAGAACAGCGCGGUAGAGCAGACGACAAGAACUCGAUCAUCGGCGUACACGAUGCCCCGCAAGAGCGCAUUGCUGCCAUUCAAGCAUGCUUAAAAUACACGAAGAACAAGCGAUGAUAUCCACCACCGUAUAGAAGCAAACAAAAGAUUUGUGACGAAGGAAAACUUCGACUAAGUCGACGAAAGAGGAAAAAUAGUCCCAUUGACCGAUAACUCCAGCAGAAAUUGCGCUAAGCUAAUUAUCUCGUACAUUACACAGCUUCCUCACACUGGAAAUUAAUCUACUUCAAACAAUGACAACUUUACACCUGCUUCUGCAUUUCUGCUUCUUGCCGUCAGUGCUGUCUACAGUAAUGGACUAUACUUGUCCAACAUUUCAAAAAGGCUGGAACAAGAUCACUUGCAAGAUCAAUUUAACAUCAUUUGAUGAUGAAGCAUGUGACUCCCUGCAAGAAAAUGUGACAUUUGAAAAGGGAGAAAAUAAACUAUGCUAUGCACCACCACCAGCAGCGUCUGGUUGUAGAACAUCGCACAACACCUCCUCUAACCCUUGCUGGUGUGUUGAAUCGGAUAACAUUUUUACAUACACGUUUUUAUACGUGGCUGCCUCGAGUGAUGUGGGAGCAUCCGUGGAAUGUAAAUAUUGUAUAACAUCACACAACACAAACGACAAUGUUGGCUGCAAAAUCAGUAGCUUUGAUUCGGAGAAUCAAGCGUCAAGGGCAGAUAUUAUUUAUACGACUCUCACAUGGCAUCUUCCAGUUUUCUUGUCAUUCAACUUUUAUGGUUUAUGAAAAUGAUGAUAAAUUCUUCUCGUGUGUAUAGUAUUAAAAUCUUUACAAACGUUGUCAGGAGCAUCUUUAAUUUACUUUGCUUUUGUUAAAUUUGCUAAGAUAAGACCUAGAUUUUUGUAGCAUCAGUCCUUGUGUUAAUCUGUCAAAGGUUUUGACUAUUUCUUUUCGUUAAAAUAUACUUUAGAAUCGCUGAUGCUUGAUAAUAGCUAUGUUCAUAGUACUUGGAGGAGCUUUGUUUGAGUGUCUUUUGCAUGGAGCUUGAAAAAAUGAUACACAGUGAUUUUUUAACUGUAUACACUAAAGAGAAAUUUGGCUUUUUUUUCCAAUGCUAUUUUCACUACUAACAUUCAACACACUAAAAUCGACACUUCACUUUCACGCCUAGCUUACACUCAGGUUUACAACGUCUGUACUGUACAAAAACUGUUGGGUAGUGUUGAGCACUGUAUCUUUAGAGGGUUCAACGUGUGACUGAUUUAAAAGAAAAACAGUCACAACGGUGAUGAACAAUUCCUAAAAUUGUUAUUUACAGAAUGAGGAUAAUCAGCAUGGUGUAGCGUCAUCCAAUUAAUUGUAACAGAUCAACAGACACAUUUGGGGUUUUGUACAACCAUGCUGAGGUAAAAAUGUUCAGCAAAGAAAUGAGCAGAACAAUUUUUUUCUGCCCAGAAAUCAUGUUGGGUUUUUUUUUCAUAUUUGCACUGUCAGACGAUGUAAACAGGACAGACGCCGGUUUUCAUUUCUAGUGACGCGGUAAACGAAAAUCUUGCUUAGUCAGAAAUGAUGGCAUAAAGUCUUCAUGACAACUCCAAUGUAACCAUCCCUAGCAUCCAUCCCAUAGACUGAUUCUGAUGUCUUACUCGCUUGUCCUGACACAAACGUUAGACUCCCUGAGAGUGGAAGGUAUCUGACAAACGAGGGGCUGAGUGACAAGCUGCUGGAGUUCUUCAUCAUCUCAGAGUUGCUUUGUGAGAAGUGGUUCCAGUGUGAGUUCCUACGUUGAUGGCAGCAAGCACAAGAUAUUUCAAGUCAAAAUACCAGAUCAACAUUUUGACUGAAAGACAUAUUUUGUGGAAAUAGGGAGGUGUUCUGCUUAUCACACAACAAAAUCCUUUUCAUAUUUGAAAGCAGGAUAGUGACUUGUAGAAAACCUCAAAUGUGCAUCAAAGUCGCUGACAUUACUACACCCUAAUGAUCAGUUCCUGUCAUAGCUGAGGGACUAUAUUUUAACUACAGUGAUCCCUCACCUUUCGCGGGGAUUACCUUCCAGAGACCCCACGAUAAGCAAAAGUCCAAAUCGCUGCAUAAAUUAUUUUUAUUAUAAUUAUAUAUAUAAUAUAUAUAAAGGCUUUAGAAACCCUUCAUACACUCACAUAAACCUUACCUACUCUCUUAUCAUUAUUCUCACGCUAGGAAACUUGCGCUUGUGCUAGUGGCGGACAGUAUUAGUUGCGUUUCCUUUGUUUACAGUACGGUAUUCAUCCGCUGAUGAAAUAUCUGUACGCACUAUGUUUUAUAUGUUUGAAUUAACAUUUUAUAUAUUGUUUUAAAUUUUUUAGGCAAAAGUAAUUAGAAUCAUAAAUAUUAUAUGAAUACUUAUUUGCCGCGAUAUAGUGAAAACUGCAAUACAGAAGCCAUAAUAAGUGAAUUGUCAUAUAUAUAUAUGUAGCGAGGGGCGACUGUAUAGUGAAAAUAGGCGGCUACACUCCUACCAUCCUGCUUCAUCUAUCAGCCUGCACAUCCACUUUUAGCAGCUAACUGAAGAUGUGAUCUGGUUUUCCUCUAUCACUACCAUUUUUAGGCCAUGCUGGGUACAGCUAUAGUUCACAUUUCCUCGUCACACUUUCGGUAUUGCACGGCUUUUCGACCAAUAUAUAAUUAAUAUAACAAGAGGCAGUUCACGAAAUUUGCACACUGUAUAGGCGAUUGGCCAGGACGUAGCGCUCGCAGCUGAUGUUAGUCUUCUUGCUCAGUAACAAGAAUGUACUUCUGUGAUUUGCAUGAGAAUAAACCAGGGAUGUGGAUUGUGUGGACAGCACAUGUCUUGGUAUUCUUUGGUGUCACAGGUGUAAAUAUCUCUCCAUGUGAUGACAACGGUGUGAGAGAAGUACUAGCUGACCAAGACACUGUCUUCACUUGCACGGCUGAGGGACACGUCGAGUGGAAAUUUGAAUACAACGAUUCCAAUAAAACUGUUUCGUUAGCAAAUUGCGAAAGUACUUGCAAAGAGCUAAAUAAUUAUAAAAAUCUGUUUAAAGCCAGUAUAGUAAAAGCUCGCCAUUCAAGUUCUAUGACCAUUACAACUGUAAAACAUCGGAACAUCGUUCAUUUGUUGAACGGCAGUCUUCUGUGUGUUUUAAUGGCUGGAUCCGCGCAAGUGGCAUCAGUUCGCUGUGGACUCCACUAUUCCUUCACAGAUCCACCAGAGGACGUGUCAUGCACAGCAGUUAAUACAUCCUGGGCCGUGAUUGUGUCCUGUUCCGUCAGACGUGUUUACUCUUCACGUGGACUUUACACGUGUCAGCUUUACCGGCUAGAACAGUCACAAAACAAAAGUUUGGAAACAGUCGCAAUGCUGACCUCACCAACCAGGGAGUACAUAGGAGAGAAAGAAGUGAAGGUUUCAGGUUUCUGUCAGUUCAACACCACACUACCAACAGAGGAAGGACAGUAUGCUUUCCGUGUCUCUGUUUCGCCAGGUGGACGGACGUACUAUGCAAACUUUACAGAUAAAUACAACUGGAUUACAACUGAACGCCCUUGUUUGCCCAGGGUGUCUUGUGGUCCACAACAAUACGUGUUAGAGAAUACAAACGCCACCUGUACCUGCAAAACCUCUUCUCUGGGCCAACCUGCAGGUUACUUGAUAUGGAUCAUAGGUGACCAGACAGACCUGGAGACAACAUCCACUGAAGGCCAACAAAAUCUCGCAUCACACGAACUCCAUCAUACGCAUUUCUUCACUCAAGCAGACCAUGGCAGAACCUGGUUCAGAUGCGAUGUGGUCUGGGGACUGGAGAAGAUACAUGGAGAAAACUACACUGUCAAUGUGGGAUACGCUGCCAGACAAGCACAGUUUGUACUCAACGGCAACAAAGAAAAUCAAACAGUGAAUGAGAGAAAUCUAGUAAACUUUUUGUGUGAAUCCAACGGUCAGCCGACACCAAACAUCUCCAUCUAUAACAACGACAACGACACCGUCCUCUUUAAAGACACGUCUCCUGUCAACUACACCUUCAUCGCUCGCUGUGAGGACACGGCCACCUACACGUGCUCCUCGCAGAAUGAGUUUUCGCAUCAGUCAGGCGUGACCACCUCGGUCAGUCUUGACCUCAACGUCCGGUGCAAGCCUCGAGUUCAUUCGUCUAAACGACUUGGGUUUUACAUGAUGAACCACCAAACGGAAAUGAACUUUGACAUAAUAGCUUACCCCGUACCACACGAGUACCACGUGUGGUUUGUAAAAUCACCAAUAAACAACAGUGAAGAUGCCCACAAUGAAGGUAAAGACACCAUGGUAAACAUCACCUGUCAGUCUAGUGUAUUUCGCCGUUACCUGUCCACAUGCUCUCUGAGAGUCGUCAACAUCAAUUCCCUGUCAACAGGGUCCUACAAGGUGCAGGUCAUUAACGAGGCUGGUGACGAGAACUUCACUGUCACAAUAGACUUCAAUGUCCCCAGUGACCUGGAAACACAUUAUACGGCAGUUACUAGUGGUGUCGUGUGUGUUAUCGUUUUCAUCUUUACGAUUGUUGUUGUCAUCGUUAUAAUUAGGAAAAGGAAGGAACGCAAAGCCCCACUUAGGAUUCACACUGUCGAAGCAGAGGCAACUCCCGGCCCCACCCAGCCAGAGCCCUGUCAGACGCCCCUGUACGCUGUAGUGGACAAGACAAAAAAGAAGAGAAACCCUCACCCCGCCCUUAACGCUGACACAGAAGAACAAAUGGAGAAAGAAAGUAAACAAGGUAUUGAAGUACCAGAACCGAGCCUCCCACCAACGUGUCAAGUUCUAUACGCUGUUGUUGACAAGACCAGAAACAAAUCUCCAGUUCGAAGGAAAGAGGGCUACUCUACAGAAGACUCUAAACGUAAAAGCGAUGACUUAGGCGAUUACCAGAAUAUUAUGGACCCACAUUCAGCACAAGAUGAGGAUUAUGUCCAGUUGGAUGUUCGCAGUCCUGCCUCACGUUCUCAUACAGUCGAUGAUGGCAGGUGGCUCAACUCGGCAGGACUUCUUUAUACCUUCCCCACCUUUGAUGUCGGCAAUGGUGUGAGGUGUCGCCCACCGCCCACACACGAGGAGACAGAAUACUGCGCACUUCGCCUGAUGGCAGAUGCCUUCCCUGCCAUUGGCAGAAAAUCAAACGAUUAAGACAUACACGCGCGUGUGGGUGUGUGUGCAAUAUGAGUGAAUAAUAGACUACCUGACUGUUAUUAACAAGGGAGAUAACUGUGCAUGAGAUAUAAAUUCAGUAAAAUGAACCAUUGUGUGAAAUUUCUUGAAGGUGGGAUUUACGUGCAGAUCAGAAGGCUUUUCAAAAAUGUUGUAUCGAAUUUAGUCUUUCGGCAUAAUUGGUCUGAUGCAUUUCAGGACAUUCUUAGUGGUAUACAAGGGACAGAAAUGUGGCGCUGUGGAAACAGUUUAGCUAGGAAGACACUUGAGAAUAUAUUAAACAUGGCAGUGAAUGUUAAAGUUUGAUCUUGUUAUCAUACAACCUCUUAGAAAGACUAAUACCGGCAGUACUCAGCUUUAGCAGACCUGAGCUCAGAGCAGGGAAACUGGUCACGUGCACAGGUCAGGCCUGAAGUAACGUGGAAGUUUGAUUACUUUCGACAGGUUUUCACUGAAAAUCUCCUUAAGGAGAAGAUUUGUGCUGACGUUGUCUAGCAUUUAGUCUGCCCCGACAUGAAAUGGACUUUGGGAUCUCAUUAUUUUCCUGUUUACGCUAGUCUCGUCUGUUAAACUGGAGACUUUGUCAUUCAACUUGGUAGCAAUUCAGAAAUUAAGUUAAGAAUAAUUUCACCUCACAGUUCAUUAUAUAUAUAUAUAUUUCAUAUGGUCAUAUAAUUAUAUAUGGAGUUCAAAGAAUUGGUCAGUGUAAACAAUCAAAGUAAAUUGUCAAGUAAAACUUACAAAUAAAAUGAUCCCUAUAUUUUAAGUGUGUUCUAACACGGAACUAUAAAGUGGCAUUAAAAUGUCUUAUUUCUCAUCCCAACUGUAGUUCAGAUGAACGGGUAUUUCCCCCUAAUAUCCUUCAGGAAAUAUCGAAGAUAAUUAGUCAUUGUAAAGCAAGCUGCGAGCCAUAUGUUAAGGCUGAGAUUAAUGCCGGUAGCAGUAAACUCACGAACUUUCUAGUCCUAUGUCAGCUAAGACUGUGGGUUACUUUAAACUAGGACCAGUACUUGACUUUGAGUACUGUAGACAGUUGUGAUGGUAGGCUGUAAACACCAGUGAACAAUCAUAGGGAACUUCUAUAUCUGAUGUUCAGUCCACCUAACUCUGAAGCUUAUCCCUGGUUUGUGGAGCUCUCUUCCAAAUGAGUCAAAAACUGACCUUAACUGUGUAGAUCAUCUUCAAGGGUCAUGUGUUAUUAGUCCAUCUGUUUAAAUCUUGCCAAAGGAAGAUAAUUUGUUCUAUGUUAGCUUAGCAGACUGCAUUGUAAAGAAAGAAAUGUAUUUAUUUUGUUUUAACUAAUAGUCUCUCCUUACUCGAUAAAAUAAUCUUGGAGUGCACAGAAGUUUUACGCAUAACAGUAAAACAUUUACACAAUGAUAUAAACCUUUACGAACAUGGGCACACCCUAACAUAAAUAAAAACGCAAACUAUAAUGUACAUAGAAAUAAGAAUAUAAUGGGAGAAUGGGAAAAUAAUUAGUAAAGUAAUUAAGGUUUUCGAGGAAGUUUCGAUACAGCCCUUCAUUGUGUCCUUAGAAAAGCCGUAGGAGGGUGCUGUAGUUUCCAAUCGGAACUUUCUCGUGACUGUAACUUCCGGUUACCCAGCAUUGACUUCCCUGUGAAAGAGGGUGUCUCCAAACUUGAUCUUUAUUUGUGUAAAGAAAGCAUUAUGAUGAGUGUAAUGGUGCAUGCAACUCACUUGAUUUGAAGGAAGAUGUAUAUAUAAUCUUUGUCACAUUCCAUUUUAAAAAAUGAUAACUCUCUAGCCAACACGCAAUGAUAUAAGAAAAGAUGCGGUUUUAUAUUGAGAAAAUGGGUGGACUGAAAACACACACUCUCUCUCUCUCUCUCUCUUUCUCUCAAAAAGAGAAAUACAUUUAGAAACCUCUAAAUACACUAGAGAUAUUAAACCUGGAAGGGUAAUCACAAACAUGCUCGUAACCACUUAACACAUCACCCACACCGUGAAAACACAUGAAAUGAAAUUAGUUAUCUUAUAGUCAAGAAAACCAACAUUUUUUUUCGACAUUCUUAAGAUUAUGGACAACUGGUAUGGAAGAAAACACUUUCUAUUUUAUAUUUGUUAUCAACCUGGUGUUGAUUAUUUUCAUACUUUGUUCUUGAAUAGUCAGAGACUACUGGAACCUGUGCGAGGGGAGGGUGUCUAUGCACCUGUAUUUAAGAUGCUUUAAGGUAAAGCAGACGUUCGAGGUAACAGCUUCGAGAAUAAAUGUGACUGGUUUAAAGUUUUUUAAAUUUUUCGCUAGUGUUUCAGUCUCCGAUACACAACUCCUACCAGGGCUUCUGCUAAGGC